AUGCACCCUUUACCCAAGAUACCUCCACCAUUUCCCCAACGCUUGAAAAAGAAGACUGAAGAUGAGAAGUUCAAAAUGUUCUUGUCAAUGUUCAAGAAAUUAUCCAUUAACCUCCCUCUGGUGGAAGCAUUGUUGGAAAUGCCAGGAUACGCCACAUUCAUGAAAGAGCUAGUUACAAAGAAAAGGAGCUUGGACUAUGAAACUAUUGAAGUACCCCAUAGUUGCAGCGCAAUUAUGACAAAAGAGCUAAUCACUAAGAGAGAAGAUCGUGGGGCAUUCACCAUCCCGUGCACCAUUGGUUUGCUCCAAUUCGCUAAAGCUUUAUGCGAUUCAGGAGCAAGCAUCAACUUAAUGUCAUAUGCAAUAUACAAGCAGCUUGGUUUGGGUGAUCCGAAGGCAACCACAAUGAGACUCCUUAUAGCGGAUCGAUCAAUCAAGCAUCCAAUGGGGAUACUCUAUGACAUCUUGGUAAAAGUAUAUGGGUUCAUCUUUCCGGUUAAUUUUGUGAUUUUAGAUUAUGAGAUCGAUGCUGAAAUCCCUAUUAUUUUGGGAAAACCAUUCUUAGAAACCGGGAGGGCAUUGGUUGAUGUCGAAAGAGAGAAAUUGAAGUUCCGGGUGAACAAUGAUGAGGUAACCUUUAAUAUUUGCAAAUCCAUGAAACAGCCAAGCGAUAUCCAUGUGGUGUCAACUAAGGAUGUUAUAGAUGAAUCGGUGGAAAGUGUUAGCCAUUUGAUGCGAAAGAAUGAACCCCUUGAAUUUGUGCUUGAUAAUUAUGAUGAAUCCGAAGUUCAAGGCUAUGAUGAAGUGGUAGUUGCCUUAUCGGGAUUAGAAGUAUAUUCAAGGAAUCCAAUCAAGUUGGAUAUUGACCUGAAAAACACAUAG